AUGCCCUCCAUCCUCGCCACGGCGGUCCAGUCAUCACUACUCAAGGGCACCGCAAACCUCACGGCGCAGAUCGUCAACCAGCACAGACAGGCUGCCGGCGGCGGCCCCCCGCUCGACGUGCGCCGCGUGCUCGAGUUCGCCACCUUCGGCUUCAUCCAGGGCCACAUCAACUACUGGUGGCAGCACUUCCUCGAGGACAGGUUCCCCAACGCCGCCAGGGGCCGCGGCAGGAAGGCCUCCAUCGUCGAGCCCAAGGUCGAGAAGCCCGACAAGCCGCCGUCCAAGAGCUACGUCAACGUCGCCCGCAAGAUCCUGGUCGACCAGACCAUUGGCCUUUUCAUGAUGAACUCGGCUUUUCUCGUCAUCACGUCCGCCCUGCGUCUCGGCUUGUCGCCCUUGGUCUACCAGAUCUGGAGGGAAAGGAUCUUCGAUCUGGUCAAGGCCGCCUGGAAGUUCUGGCCGCUGGUGGCCCUGUUCAACUUUGCGCUGGUGCCUGUAGGGUAUAGGGCCCUGGUUGGUAUGUGUGUUGGAUUCCUAUGGAACAUGUUCCUCACCUUUUUUCUUUUGUAA